AUGAUCGUUAUGAGAAAUGUGAUGGAAGAUAAAGCAAAAAAAAAAAAUAUAGAUGAAGCACAAAACCGUCAACGUUAUUCUUAUUCUAAACGUCAUAAUACGGGUCACAUUUUCCAAGAAGGUGAUAAAGUUUUCGUUAGAAACUUGUGUAGGGAUGAUCAGAAAGGUGGUUGGCGUCAGAUACCGUGGAAAGGUCCAUAUGAAAUAGUAUCUAUUCACUCUGGCAAUACAUGUGUGCUCAAAAAUAAAUUCAAAGUCUUGAAAAAAAAAAUUAAUUUGAAAAAUUCUGGAAGUAAAAGUAGUGACACUGAAAAUUCUAAAAAUAUCGUCGAUAUCAAUAAUUUGCAAGUGAAGGAUAUUGAGUACAUCAAAUCAAAACAGGAUGAAUUGAAGGAUAAACGAGUAUUUAAUCCCGUGACGAAACCAUGGCAAUUGAGACAAAACAAGAUCUUAAAUCUUAAAAUAGAAAAUUAUUUCAUUUAUAAAUACCGAGGAAAAAUUCUUGGAGAGCCAACAAAAAUCAUUGAUAUUAUUGGUGAUGGUAAUUGCCUCUAUAGGUCUAUAUCUUACUGGCUAACUGGAACACAAGAUCAUCAUUUGAAAAUACGAAACUUGAUUGCUGAG